AUGGACAAUGCGGAAUAUCAUUCCCGUCUACAUAGCAAAAUUUCCGCUAGUAGUACAAAUAAAGAAGACAUUCUUAAAUUCAUGGAAAGUGAAAAUAUGGAAAUUCCGAAAAAGGCUACGAAAAAAAUGUUAUUGGAAGCUGUGAAUAAAGAAAACAAUAAUAAAGAAUAUAUUCAGCCUCCAUUCAUUCCGCCAAAUACGAAUCAGCAACCUGGUUAUCUCCAGCCGCAAGGGCCUCAUGAGUCUGGACAACUGCAACAGGCAGCCUCUCGCCCCGAAGCGGACUUUCUGCGACCAGCCAAUGAUCCACGGAACUCCAGGGCUCAGUAUGAACCGGUACUUCAGCCUUUUGUGCCUCAGUUACCUGCACAACCAGGAGGCAGUAAUUGGAUUUCUCCCCAAUACAAUCAAAUGCUCCCGCAGGUUCCUCAAUACGUAGAUAAAAACUCCCGAAUAUUCAACCACAAGGAAAAUGGCUAUCAAGUGCCUGAUGGACAAGAAAUCAGGUAUAAUAAAUAUAAGGGAGCCAUGCAGUAUUUGCAUCGCGCUCUAGGAUAUCCGGGUGGUGGAGGCCAAGUUCAGUAUUCAGCGGAAAAUGUAAAUGGGCGAGAUUAUCCUAAAAUGAAUAAUUACUAUGGAGACAACAGUUACAGGCAGCCGAUUCAACAAGAAAAUUGGCCUUCAGGUGGGGGUGUAUAUGAACAAAGGAAUAACCCCCAGGAAGAGAGCCGAUCCCAAGCACAAAACGUUAAAAAUCCAUCAGGUUUAAAAUCAACUCCUGUGAAAGUUCCCAUUGUCAGGAAUGAGAAUGCAAACCCAAAACAUAUUCAAGAAUCCCUCGCGCAAGACCUAAAGCACUCAAAGGACAGUAUGGAACAUGGCAGCAAUGUGCCUGAGAAGAUAAAGAUAACCAAACAUGUUCACCACGAACAAUAUCCUGAUGUAGUGGCCUACAAAAUCAGUGACGAAAAUGAUCUGGAAGACGGUAUUGCUCAAACGCAAAAAGGAGCUGUUUUGUCAGUUUCUUUAGGUCUUAUCAUAACAUUCAUCAUGGCCGUGAUGAUUGGAUGCAGACUGAAGAUGGUUCGAAGAAGAAUACGAAAAGGAGGAAAGGCUUAUGCCCAUGAUGCAGAUUACUUAGUUAAUGGAAUGUAUUUGUAACGACUCUCCUGAAGAAGCUACUUAAAAAUGCCUUUUUAUUUGUUGAGCAUAUUGUUCAAGAUAUUGUGUAAAUAAUUUACUAUACUCAAAUCUUAUGAAACUUUAAAAUAACAUCUUUACCAAAUU